AUGCAAGAAGCAAUGAACAACAAGCCAGAAUUAGACCAAGAAACACAGCAAGCAUUUGAAGAAGUAAGAAGAGAGCACAGUAAGACAAACCCACAGAAUGAGAAAGUCACACUCGAUGAGACCGUAGUCGGUGUCUCAGAGGGAGAGACCCACUCAUUCGAUGCCCAGAUGGACAAUUUACUCAGUAUUCUGAUUAACUCAGUCUACUCCAGUAAAGAUUACUUCUUAAGGGAGCUCAUCUCAAAUGCAUCCGAUGCCAAUGACAAGAGAAAGAAGGUUACUUAUGACGUAUACAAGAACAUUGAUGAGGAGCUCAGUAUAAAGAUAGUACCAAACAAGCAGAACAAUACGAUCACUAUUAUUGAUAAUGGGAUAGGUAUGAGUAAGGCAGACAUGGUUAAUUACUUAGGGAGUAUUGCAUCCAGUGGAACAAAAGAGUUUAGAAAGAAGAUUCAGGAGGGGACUGGUGCAGGACAGUCACUUGAUGCACUAAUUGGACAGUUUGGUCUUGGAUUCUACUCUGCCUUUUUAGUAGCUGAUCAGGUCGAUGUCAUCUCCAGGAAGGACGACAAUGCGCCGUACAUUUGGAGCAGCAGAGGUCCUGGUGGAUUUGUAAUUGCCCCAUACAAGGGAGACCAUCCACAGGGUACAUCAGUUAUUUUACACGUAUCUGAGCAGUGCAAGUCGUACUUAGAAGAGAAAGCACUUGAGAAUAUAGUAAAAGUGCACUCGUCCUUUGUUAAUUACCCCAUCUACUUGUUUGUCCUUGCAGAGAAGAAGAGGAAGGUGGCUAAACCAGUAGAAGAGGAGAAGGAUGACCAGAAAGAUGAAGAUGCAGUUGAAGAUGCCCCUGAGGAGAAGGACGAUGAAGAAACCUACUUUGAAGAGGAGUACAAGAAGCUUAACACACAACAACCCCUGUGGGCUAGAAACCCAAAGGAGGAAACCAUCACUGAGAAGGAGUACGAGGACUUCUAUAAGGCACUCACAAAUGACUGGGAGAAGCACUUUACAGUCAGUCACUCAUUCAUUGAAGGCAGUGAAUUUGACAUGCAAGUACUCCUGUUCGUACAGAACAGACAGCCCUUCAACAUGUUCGAGGGUGGUAAGAAGGCCCCGUGUAAUAUUAAACUGUACGUACAGAACGUACUUGUAAGCAAUGACUUAUCAGAGGCAAUCCCUGAGUGGAUGGGAUUCGUGCACGGUGUGAUUAGCUCUAAAGAUAUCCCGAUCAACGUAUCCAGAGAGAUCGUGCAGGGUAAGUCUGUGAUGAACUUAAUCAAAAGAGUCGUCACCAAGAAAGUCCUUGAUAUGCUGAAUGACUUAGCCUCUGAUAAGGAGAAUUACAUCAAGUUCUACAAUAACUGCAGUGGUUCAUUAAAGAUGGGCGUGUACCAAGACAGUUCUAACGUGUCCACUAAAUUAGCCAAGCUGUUAAGGUAUAAGACAUCAAAGAGUGAGGAUCUGGUCUCAUUUGAUGAGUACCUCAGUAGAAAGCCUGAGAACCAGAAGCAGAUUUACAUCCUGACAGGAGUGAGCGAACAAGAAGUGAAGACAAACCCGGCCCUUGAGAAGAUGGCUAAUUAUGAAGUUGUCUUCAUGUACGAUCCGAUCGAUGAGUUUAUCAUCCAGUCACUCACGAAGUAUGAGGACCUCCCCUUCCAGAGGAUCACUUCUGAGGGGUUAGAGUUACCCGAUCAGAACGAUGAUGUUAAAGACUUAGAGGAGGAGUACAAGGACGUCCUUACUAAUAUGAAGACCGUCCUGGGUGAUAAGAUUGAGAAGGUCACUGUUUCAAAUAACCUUGGUACUUUACCGUGCUUCGUGUCCAGUGCUAAGCACAGUUAUUCUGCUGCCAUGGAGCAUAUCAUACGGUCACAGCCAGGAUCGACUGGUAAUCCCUUAUUCGCGUCUGGGUACCUCACCAAGAAAGUGUUGGAGAUUAACCCAUCGCAUAAUAUUAUCUCUGGGCUUAAGAAAUUAUUAGAAGCCGAUCAGAAAGAGAAGUUUAACUCCACGGUGUCUCUUAUUUAUGAAUCAUCCCUGCUUGGGAAUGGAUUCCCGAUCGCAAAUGUGGCUGAGUUCAGUAAGAAAAUAUUUGGAUACAUUAGCAUGGGAAUGAUCUAAAAUAAAU